CCCAGUACAAAGCUAACCGCGACAAAUGUGAGUUUGUUCGGCAAGAGCUUGAAUACUUGGGCCAUUUUGUCUCUCCGGAAGGCAUUCGUCCGUUGGCAGACAAGAUUCAAGCCAUCCAGGAGUGGCCCGAGCCGAAGAAUGUGACGGACGUCCGAUCCUUCCUCGGCUUGGCCGGUUAUUAUCAGCACUUCAUCAAGGGUUACUCGAAGAUCGCGSCCAACCUAAGCAAGUUACAAAGCGAGGAGCGGCCUUUUGACUUCGACGACGACGCGCGCCAUUCUUUUGAGACACUCAAAGCGGCACUUUUGUCCGCCGAGGUGUUACAUAUUUACGAUCCGCUUCUAGCUACGUGCGUCACUACCGAUGCGUCGGGCUAUGGCAUUGGGGCCGUCCUUGAGCAGCACGAUGGCACAGACUGGCACCCGGUCGAGUACUUUAGCAAGAAAGUGCCUCCCGUGCAUUCGAUCGACGACGCACGGAAGGAGCUCCUUGCCUUCGUCCACGCCCUCAAGCGUUGGCGACAUUUCCUCCUUGGUCGGAAAGCAUUCCGAUGGGUAACGGAUAACAAUCCGUUGGUAUUCUACAAGUGGCAAGACACGAUUAACAGUACCAUUGCCCAUUGGAUGGCUUUCAUCGACCAGUUUGACUUUUCCCCGAUCACAUUCCCGGGAAGUCAAACCGUUUUGCGGACGCCCUCUCACGGCGACCGGAUCUUUGCACCGCAGUCUACUCUACCUUCGAGAUCGACGACGACUUGCGGGAGAGCUUCAUCCGCGGCUAUCAAGCCAACCCCCACUUUCGUGACAAGUACGCGAAUUGCUCCUCUCCGAAUCCGAUGCCUUCGCAUUAUCGGAUCCAAGAGGGCUACUUACUUGUGCAUUCACGGGCGGUUCUAUUGGCCUGACCUUCUCAAGGACGCCACCCGCUAUUGUGAGUCGUGCGAAGUCUGUCGGCGUUGCAAGUCACGCAACCAUCGUCCGUUCGGUGAGCUACACCCACUACCAGUGUCCCCUGGGCGACGGGAAGCAAUUGCUAUGGAUAUCACCGGCCCCUUCCUGAAGCACAAGACCGGCGUUGAUGGGAUCCUCACGGUCGUCGACCGCCUCACCAAGUACGCCAUGUUUUUGCCUUGCCGCUAUCACGCAAAGGCACCAGAGUUAGCCGAGGUCUUCUACACCGGUUGGAUUCGCUCCAAGGGCUACCCCAAGGAGAUCGUUUGCGACCGGGACACUCACUUUCUCUCCGACUUUUGGGUCGCCCUCGUCAAGCGAUGGGGCUCAUCUUUGAAGCCGAGUUCGGCUCGCCACCCGCAAACCGAUGGUCAAACGGAAAGGGCGCAUCAAACCGCCCAAAUCCUUCUACGCACUUUCAUCCGUCCCGACCAGGUUUAUUGGGUUGAGCGCUUGCCAGACGUUGAGUUGGCUUACGACUCAUCGAUCCACCCGGAUAUCGGGAUGUCGCCAUUCGAGUUUGAGCAUGGUUCACCCAUCUCAUUGCCGCUGGACGCCACUUUGUCGCGCACAGCCGAGAGCAACGACCAUCUUGUGUUCCUUCGUCGCAUGCAAGAGCUUCUUGUCAAGGCACGGGAUCAGAUGUCAAAGACGCAAAUACGGAUGAGUCGUCAAGCCAACCGCAAUCGCCUUCCUUGCCCGUUCCGCGCCAGCGAUCUGGUUUGGGUCUCUGCCACGGAGUUCAGCCUUGAGCAAGACAUCUCUCGCAAGCUCCUUCCCAAGUGGAUGGGGCCUUGGCACAUUCUCUCUGCAGUUGGUGAUGAUCCCGAGGGGCCUUCAUUCCGCAUCGCGGUGCCACCUCACUUGCCCAUCCACACGGUGUUCCACUGUUCCAAACUCGCUCCGUUUGUUUCAGCGGAGUCCGACGAGUUUCCCGGUCGACGUACGCAAGACCCUCCUUCCAUGGACGGAUUUCAGGAGGCCGGCUACAUCAUCACCGACCGGCCCCAUGGCAACAAAGAAACAGAGUUUCUACUUCACUUUUCCUACUGCAGCCACAAGGCUGACCGUUGGCUGACGCGUUCGGAACUGCAGGCCACAGCCCCCACCGUUCUCUCACGCUAUCUUAGCAAAGGGAAGACUACGCCAAGCUCUUCAGCUYCGCGCCAUCCUCGCUACAUUCCGCCAUCGGAUCGGCAGCUUCGCCCGCGCCCCGGCUCGUCUUCAUAAGGAGGGGGGCGUGUUACAUGCUGAGAGCCUACACACGGGCCCCUCACGGGACCCAAGGUUGGAAUAGGGCCCCCAGGUCGCGUCACCGCAACCUGAAGGCCCUAUGGCAUUUUUACUUGGGCCUGCAUCAGAAAAACGCCAGCUUUAGAAUAUUUUUAUAUUCUUUUAUUUAUUUAAUUGCUGUUGUUUUUCUAACGUGUGUGCUGUUGUCCGUUUUGUGGCCAGGUACACGUUCUAGGGCCAGGACCUGAUUCAGGCCCAGAGGCUGAGCCUCCAAAAACGUUUGGACCGUUUUUUUGUUUCCGGACAGAUUUUGGACCAUUCCGACCUGGACCGACRUUCAGGCCCGAUGCAUUCGCAUAGGCCCUGAAUCGGACCAGGUACCGAACAGGCCAGCCCUGGGCAGGGCCUGGACGUCCGGUAGGGACCCAGGCAGGCCGUUUUAGGCCAAGGGCUGAACCAGUUUCGAAACCUGCGAUCUGGACCGUGGAUCGGAUUUCGAUCUGCACGGUCCAGAACGCAGGCCGUGGGGUUUCAGUCCUGGCCCAGCGCUACUUAAGCUGGGCCGUUGCCCAGUUCGGACGGAAGGUACCAGGAGAAAUCCAGCGUUAUGCUGGUUCAGGAACUUGGCUGCUGCGCUAUUUUGGAGACUCCCUGCUGCGCUAUUUCGAGACUGCA